UGAUGUGUGCGAGGCCAUUCGUCUGAGAGUGUAUCUGGGCGACUCGGCGAAAGAAAAAAAAUAAUCUCUUUGAAAUUAAUUCAUAAAUCUUGCAGAAAGCAACCAGGCCAUUUCUUUCUAGUGAGCUUACGGUCCUUUAUGGUUUUCGCGCGGUGUUUUGCUGUGUAAGGGGAACAUAUGCUUGAGGGGAGAAGAAGGGCGGGAUUGAUGCAUUUUACUAUAUUUUCGGGUUUUAUCUAUCAUCUUUGCUAAAUAUUGAGUAAAAAAGAAAAGAAAAGCAAGGUUGCUUACAUCUCGUCGAUCAUAUUGCUAGUUCUUGCCGGGGCCUACUCUUGUUCGGUGCUGUGUUGUUGAAUCAUGGGGGUGGCUAUGUAUUUUUGUCCUGGGUUUAUUGUUUCAUUGUAGCUUCAGGAGUAUCAGCAAUAAGACUGCACUACAUCGGCAGAAUCUGAUGAAACAAAAGGAAUUUGAUAAACUCAACCACACAGUACCAUAGCGUGUUUCUCCGCGUACUUUUCCUGGUCACUCGAGGUACCUCUACACCCCCCCACCCUCCUUCUCUGUUUCUCCCCCUCCAUCCCUCCUGUCGAGCGCAGACUCGGAAACAAACCCCAGUCAGCCGAGCCCCGGUCUGAGAGAGGGCCCCUUGUGUGUUCUGCCUCCUGCGUGGUCGGUGUGUGGCGUCUGCCUCCCGGGGAAGCCCCAGCAUGUCCUCCAUCCUGCCCUUCACCCCGCCCGUGGUGAAGCGUCUGCUGGGCUGGAAGAAGUCCGCGGGCGGGGCGGGCGGGGCUGGCGGCGGGGAGCAGAACGGCCAGGAGGAGAAGUGGUGCGAGAAGGCGGUGAAGAGCCUGGUGAAAAAGCUGAAGAAGACGGGCCAGCUGGACGAGCUGGAGAAGGCCAUCACCACCCAGAACUGCAACACCAAGUGUGUCACCAUCCCCAGCAAUUGCUCUGAAAUUUGGGGACUGAGUACACCAAAUACGAUAGAACAAUGGGAUACCUCAGGCCUUUACAGCUAUCCUGACCAAACCAGGUCCCUGGAUGGGCGGCUGCAGGUCUCUCACCGUAAGGGUCUCCCCCACGUCAUUUACUGCCGCCUGUGGCGAUGGCCCGACCUCCACAGCCACCACGAGCUGCGUGCCAUCGAGCCCUGCGAGUACGCCUUCAACCUGAAGAAGGACGAGGUCUGCGUCAACCCCUACCAUUACCAACGGGUGGAGACGCCAGUGCUGCCUCCCGUGCUCGUGCCGAGGCACACGGAAAUCCUGACCGAGCUCCCCCCGCUGGAUGACUACACUCACUCCAUACCCGAGAACACCAACUUCCCCGCUGGGAUCGAGCCCCCAAACAACUACAUACCAGAGACCCCACCCCCUGGAUACAUCAGUGAGGAUGGAGAGACCAGUGACCAACAGAUGAAUCAAAGUAUGGACACAGGUUCUCCCGCAGAACUGUCACCUAGUACACUCUCACCUGUCAAUCACAGCAUGGAUCUUCAGCCAGUGACUUACUCAGAGCCUGCCUUCUGGUGCUCGAUAGCGUACUACGAGCUGAACCAGCGCGUGGGGGAGACUUUCCACGCCUCCCAGCCCUCACUCACUGUGGACGGAUUCACAGACCCCUCAAACUCAGAGCGCUUUUGCCUGGGCCUGCUCUCCAAUGUCAACCGGAACGCCACCGUGGAGAUGACCCGGAGGCACAUAGGAAGAGGCGUGAGGCUGUACUACAUCGGCGGGGAGGUGUUUGCUGAAUGUCUGAGUGACAGCGCCAUCUUUGUUCAGAGUCCAAACUGUAAUCAGAGGUAUGGGUGGCACCCUGCCACUGUCUGCAAGAUCCCUCCAGGGUGUAAUCUGAAGAUCUUCAACAACCAGGAGUUUGCCGCGCUGCUGGCUCAGUCAGUGAACCAGGGCUUUGAGGCCGUUUACCAGCUCACUCGGAUGUGUACUAUUCGAAUGAGUUUCGUCAAAGGUUGGGGAGCUGAGUACAGACGACAGACUGUGACGAGCACUCCUUGCUGGAUCGAGCUGCACUUGAACGGGCCCCUGCAGUGGCUGGAUAAAGUUCUGACCCAGAUGGGCUCUCCCUCUGUGCGCUGUUCUAGCAUGUCAUAAACGCAGCUGGGACAGCAAACCGCGCCCCACCCCGACCCCGUGUGACCAUGAACAGACGAAAUAGAAAAAAAGAAGAAACAACUAAAGGAAAAAAAAACAAAAAAAACACUUGAUAUAACCAGUCUUUCAUAGUAUUUGUGACCCUGCCCCCCCCCCCACCUCCACCCCAACCAAAACCCCAAAACUCACACAGACUUUUUCACUGUUCAGAAUAGAACAUGGCACUUGCUGACCCCAUCAGCUUCAUGCACCUUGUUUAAUUAUUUUCCCAAAAACCCUGAAUAUGAAUCUUAUUAGUAGUCCAAAUGAAAUGUAUCCUGAUUGAGAAGUCCAGGGACUCAUUGUUGCAGACUUGGGGAGGGGGAGGGUGGGAGCCAUAGCGGAGGACGUUUGAUAUUUGACACAGUAUUAUAGUUUUGACUAUUUUCUGUUGACGGAAGUAUAACAAUUUUCUGUGCAGAAUUGUGCAAGAGCUGCACACCUGUUGUAUUAUUUAUCAGCUGGACCAAGGGGUUACUUUGUUGCAAAAUAUUUCUGUCCCACAAAAUUAAUUCAGUAACAGAAGCCUUUUGCUUUGAAGCUAAGUUUAAACGAUAGCAGCCAUGAUUUUUCGAUAUCUUAAUAUUUCUCUGAAAGGAAUGCAAAAUUCAGGCCCAUCUUUUUAUACAAAUGUUAAAUUCUACCCCGUUUCCCCCCCACUCUUAGAAUGUUGCCUUUUUAUUCCAGACGUGUGCUGUUAUAAGACACACUUAUUGAUGAACAGAUAGGAAUGUUAACGACAAAAUAAAGUACAGAAACAACCAUGACUUGACCGUGACCAUGAUUUGGGCCUUUGGUCAGUGUGUGGCAUUGUCCCUUUUUUCCAGUGCUCUCUUAUCCUGUCAUCUAUUGGGCAUGUUAGGUGAACAUCACACCUGUUACAGGUCUUUGGGGGUCCAGUCACAUUUCAGUCAGACCAGGGCCAGACAUGCAGAAUAUGGUGAAGACCGCUUUUAGAACCUUUAAUGAUUCACUCUUAAUAGCUUGAAGGAUAACUGAGGGUAAUGGCAAAUAUCAUCCUACACUGGCGAGAUCUUUUUUGUUUUUGUUUUUCUUUAUCUACUUUUUGUAUUCUCAUGUAUUUUUAUAUAUAAAUAUAUUUAAAAUCUCUGUAGCUUGCUCACUUUUUAUUGAAAUUGAAUAUUUUUUAGACUGUCCUGUUUUUAAGAAGAGCCUCACAAUCUAUGAAAGCGUGACUCAUUCCCAGUACAUGUGGUUACUGUGGGUUAGGGUUAGGUUUGUGGUAGGGUUGUGGGUUCUCACUUUUAAGUCCGUUUCCAGUAAAAUCCAUUGCCUUGGUCAGCACACUGCCCCUGAUACGAAAAAAUAAAUUCCUGAAGUAAUUAUUUACAUUUCCUAAUGGAAAAAAUGUACGGGUGCAAUAAAAUUUAUGGCCACUAGAACUUAAAAUGCCUUUUAUUCCAACCUCAAUCUACAUAGAAUAGUGUUUUUUUUUUUGUUUUUUUGUUUUUUUAAACUCUGUGUAACUUCUGGUCAUGUUGCUCAUGAAGUGCAGUACAGUGCUUCUUCAUUUUGUUGCGGCGUGGCUUUUUGAAACCCUUUCACUCCAUGCUCUUACGAAUAAUUUUCCCCCAAAGCCCGUGGGUGCUUACCGGGGAACAGAAAAAAAGAAAAAAAAGAAUAAAAAUAAAAAAUACAACAAAAUGUCAAAUGUUAUGGAAACUCGGCAGUGUUCCAUCAGCUGGAAUUGGGAAGGACUAGAGCCAGGCUCCUCUGCGGGAGGAUGUGAUGUUUGUGCGCGCGUCUCUAUAUAUGUACAACAUACUAACAACUGUGAUCUCGCCCUGUCAUUCUUCGCAUUUAAUAGCAGUGGCAGGAUUUUUUAAAACGUCUGUUUCCCCCACCUUCCCUCUUCCAUUUUGUUGAGUUGAUGAUCUUAUUGCACUAGUGAUUGUACUUUGUAAGUGCAACUAGUGAGUUUAGAUUUGGAGAACAAAACGACAUGGCCAGUGUUAAUGUUUUGAUUCGGUGGCCACAUAGACACAGCGAGAGUAUCCUGCUUGCUAUUGAAGACAGUGAGGAAAGGAAACCGAACACAACUGAACGUGGACCAGACAUACAUAUGUGUGUAUAUAAUUAUUUUUAAUUUUGGCAAAGCAUUUAACAGUUGGUGCGCUUGUUUUACCAGUAGAGGGAUGUAUUGGUAGAACAGUCGAAUUACAGACUAUAAGCUUUUCAGGUGUGUUGCAUAUGCAGACUUCAUGAAUACACUAAUAAAGGUUUUUAUUCUCAUGA